AUGGAUCCUAGUUUAGUUUUAGAGCAAACAGUACAAGAUGUGUCAAAUCUCCCAUCUGAAUUUCGGUACCUUUUAGAAGAGAUCGGCUCAAACGAUCUGAAGUUUAACGAAGAAAAGAAGAGAUACGAGCAAAAAGAAUUGCAGGUUCACAAAUUCAUAAAGCAGCAAGGUUCGAUACCGAAGCAUCCACAAGAGGAUGACCUUAACCAGGAAAUAAAGGAGUCACUUCUGAAAUGUGAGUCAUUGCAAAGGGAGAAAUGUGUCUUGGCGAACACUGCCCUCUUUUUAAUUGCUAGACAUUUGAAUAAAUUGGAGAAAAACAUCGCUUUAUUAGAAGAAGACGGCGUACUAGCUUCCGUAGAAGAAGAUGGCGACGCUGAUAGUGCAGCUGAAGCCUCUAGGGAAAGUUCAGUACUCAGUAGCGGCAGCGUAAAAAAGAAGAGAGCCGCAUCCAGUUGUGGAUCUAUUCCACCUACUUUGAAGAGAAAAAAGACUAGUCGUACGUCUAAAUUACAAAACGAGAUUGAUGCAUCUUCAAGAGAAAAAUCUGCUACUCCAGUGAGUCCAAGCAUUGAAAACAAAAACGCAAGGAUAAAAGAGUUCAAGAACAAUAGAAAUGGUAAAGGCCAAAACGGUUUACCUGAAAAUGAGGAUGAGGACAAAACUUUAUACUGUUUCUGCCAAAGGGUUUCGUUCGGGGAAAUGGUUGCUUGUGAUGGCUCCAACUGUAAAUAUGAAUGGUUUCAUUAUGACUGCGUAAAUCUAAAAGAACCUCCAAAGGGAACAUGGUACUGUCCUGAAUGUAAAAUUGAGAUGGAAAAGAACAAAAUGAAAAGAAAACGCAACUAG